AAAAACGCCCAAAAGCAUCUCAUUCCUCGCCAGCCGGAUCACUGGGAGCAUCGAGAUUUUGACCGCGCGGUGCUCUUUAUCAGAGAGAAGAAGAGUUGAUAAGAAAUGGCAGCGAUGGAGAAGCGCGUCACAGCGCGCGUCAGGUGGAUCGAAUGGUCUCGAGCUCAGCGCGACGUGGCCACGUGAUUUUAUUAAUAGGGAUUAUUCCAGCCUCUGAGUUUGGUGGGAAACUUUGUUUUUGGGACGCGCCGGGGGACCAGUCUCUUUCUUUUCCUUCUAACAUCCACGCACGAGCGUUUAAUCUCGUGGAUACGAGAGAUUCAGUUGCUGAUAGAGUUGGUUGUACCUGAGGUGGACACACUCACCUGAGCGAACGACAGAUAGAGAGAGAGAGAGAUGUACACAGUGGUGUUGCUCUCCUCCUCUCUGUUUCUCCUGCAUGUGACCUGCACGCCUCAGAUUCACGGUCACCACGGGAGGAGAGUGUGUGUUGGAGAUGCUUGGAGUCGUCGUGUGUCUCGCAGCACAGAGUCGUUUCUUCAGCCCGUACACAAACCCUACAUCACCAUGUGCCAAAACCACCGCAUGUGUAGCACAUACAAGACAAUCUACAGGGUUUCUUACAGGCAGGUGAGCAGAGCAGCUCCUAAUGCACACUUUUACCCAGAAUGCUGUCCGGGAUGGCGACGCAUGCAUUCACACAACUGUAACCAAGCGGUGUGUGCGCAGUCUUGUGCAAACGGAGGCUCUUGUGUAAGGCCUAAUCACUGUGCAUGUCUAAAAGGAUGGACGGGAAGAUACUGUCAAACAGAUGUGGAUGAGUGUAAGGAAGGUCAUCGGUGCUCACAGAAGUGUGUGAAUUCGGUGGGGAGUUAUCGGUGUGUGUGUCAGGACGGAUUCAGUCUGGCUGAAGAUGAAAUAACGUGUUCAAGAAUUCCUGCUCCCUCCCCGCCGCCCACAGGGCCUCCAAAAGCAGACGAGCGCUCAUCCAGAAGCCAUGCUGGUGGAGGAUUGGGAUUGGUGGAAAACGUUACCGAAGAAGUUCAGAUCCUUAAAAACAGAGUGGAGCUCCUCGAGCAGAAACUUGAGAUGGUUCUGGCUCCCUUCACUACGCUCUUCCCCUUGGAUGGUGUGGGAGACACUAACAGCUUCCUGCCUGAGAGGACCAACUUCCUGUCACAUUCUCUUCAGCAACUAGACCGCAUCGACUCGCUCAGUGAGCAGGUCGGAUUCCUGGAAGAGCGUAUCGGAGCCUGUGCCUGCCAGGAGAACUAGACGAUCAAACAUGGGCUGGAUCCUCUGAAACAAGUGAUAAAGUCUACAUGAACAACACUGAUCAAAGGCCUGACCCCUGUAAACAUGUUGAAUUCACUCAAAAAGCAUGUAGGGGAAAAAAAUGGCAAAACACAAAAACUUAUGUGUUUUGGCACAUGAGCUGGUGCUUAGAUAUUUCGCAGUAUUUUUCAAUGCAUUUCUUUCAUUUAAUCUGUGGUGUAAGUGCAGCUGUAUGGUCUCUCCAAGUUUGAGUCAGGAAAAAUGUAAAUUUACAUAUUUAUAAGUUCAUGUCCUUCCUGAGUAUUGCUAUUGGGAAAACAAUACAAAAUUGUAUUUUCUUUUUUUUUGUAUCAUUAUAUGUUUAAAAUUUUGUAAUAAAAUUGCUUAACUUUG